AUGGCCAAUCAACCACUUAUGAAGCUAGCAGGAAGGUUUGGGGGCUCCGAGCCCGUCUGGCUUCCGGGCCGCGAAGGGGCCGAAAGGUACCAGGAAAUCGACCAAGGAGGAAGUGGAGCCCGGCCCGGCCGCGGCGCUCAGCCUAGUCGCACCCGAGACCCCACCGGGCGGGGAGGCGGGCGGCAGACCGGGGGGCAGCGCCUCAGCCCCGCGCCCCGAGGCGAGGGAGCCCCGUCUCCCGCCCCCCGCCCGGAACGCGCACACGCGGGGGGCGCUGCGAGCCCCCGUCGCGGCGGCGACACCUCAGGCCCGCCCGGGGGGAGGCGGCGGCGGCGGCGCGACGGGGGGCUGGACGCGUCCCGAGACGCUGAGGGGAGGCCGGGCGGGAGCGACUGCCCGCGGGGGCUGCACUGGAGGAGGGCGGAGGCGCUCAGGGCGCCCGAGCUGCUUUACGGCCGUCAGCGCCGUCGUCCUUUCGCGUUACCUGUGGCGCGGGAGGGCUCCGCGGCUCCUACGCCCUGA